AACACAAAUCACAAUUAAUAAAAAGCUAAGAAUAUGAUUAAAGAAAUAAGCGCAAAAGUUGAGUUUUUUUUUGUUAAAAACAAAUUUGAAAAAAAGGUUGGUAUAUUUCCUGAAUCCUAAUUGAAAUUUAAUGACGGUUUGAAAAAUUACUUACAUAUUUUAGAAGAUGUGCUUAAAAAAAAUUAUAUUUUCAUGAAAGAGAUAAAAUAAUAAUCUGAGCCCUAUAUUGGUUGUAAAUGUAGCACAACGAAACAAGAUAUUUAUUUCUAAUAAAACAGAUUUAGAAACUAUUAAGAACUUUAAAAGUUCCUUGAGGAAUUAAUUCAAAGCGAAAAUUUAUAUCAUGCUAAAAAUGUAGAGUCAAUUGUUAAAAUUUUAAGAUUUGGCAAUAAAAUAUUUGAUGAAUCAGAAUAGUAAGUAGAAUAAAAAAAAAAUUAACCUAUCUAAGAUGAUAGAAAUAUAUUUAAUAAAAAUGGCUUUUAAAAGAAUGAUAGCAACCUAGAAAAUUAAAAAUAUCAAAAUACUUUUUAAUAUCAUUUAAAAUAGAAUCAAAAUGAGAUUAUUUAAGAUAAUAGAUAAAAAAAUGAGUAGUAAAAGGUUAAAUAAAAUCUAAAUCAUCAAUAAAAUCAAACUUUUAAAGACUAAUAAAAAGAUAAAUAAAAUCCAAAUUAUCAAUAGAAUGGAAUUCUAAAGAAAAAUUAAUUAAAAUAGUAAAAUGAUAAAGUUCAAAUUGAAAAAGCAAACUUUUUAGAUAGCGAUGAAGAAGAAGCUGAAGCAGAUUCAACUCCUUAUCAUGAUUCAAAUUAAGAAUAUAAUAGUGACAAUGAUAAUGACAAUGAUGAUGAAAGUUAUAAUAAAUCAUAAUAAUCAAAUAUUUUAAAUUAAGGCUUUUUAGAUAAAACAGAUUUAAUUAUAUCUUAAGUUAAUGAACUUAAGGAUGAAAAUAUAAAAUUAUAGUAACAAUUAGAUCUUGCGAAUGAAACAAUUAGAAAAUUGGAAAAAGAAAAAAUUUAACUUAAUAAAUAAAAUGAAAAAUUAGUAAAUAAGCUCAAAUAAUGUAAAUGUUAAUGA